AACGGUGAGGAAAUAGGUAUAAUGAAGCAACAACCUGCAAAAGCAAGUGCUGUCAAUACAGUACGUCAAAAUGUGAAAGCAAACAACAAAUCGAAUCAAGUGGUCAAGAAGAACACCGAAACCAAACGAACGAAUAGCAAAAGAAAGGCAUUCAGGUCAUCAUCGAAUCCAACGCCAGUAGAGAAAGCCGUAGAGUUGGAUGGCAAAGCUUGA